UGCACCAACUGAGAGGAGGGGAAAGGGUAAUUCUUGUCUCUUCGAUCUCCAGCUUUCCUCGGCGGAGGUGCUCUGGUUCGGUUCAGGAUCCAUCCAGGCAGAUGGGUCAUUUAUAUGAGGGCACGUGUGUGCGUUCUGCUCGAAACGAUUGAAACUUGGCACGGGCUCGGGAAAGGCAGACUUCUGCGGGAAGAGGGUUGUGUCCAAAGCUGCAAUACUGCUCCUUGCCAGGGCUCCUUUGUCUCCUAUCUCCGCAAAGACUACUUUCACAUUCUCUCGUUUUGCCGUCUCAGGAUUUCUCUCCCACCCCUUUGCCGAAUUUGCAUCACCGAGAAGCUAGAUCCCGAAUGAGCUGUGUUUAGAGGCGAUUGCUGAGAGGAACGUUUGUGUGUAUCUGUGAUUUCUGCUUCCCCUACGUGGCUGGAAAGAUGUUUACUUAAGGCGUACUUGGUGGUUCCCUCCAUUCAGUGAGGAUGUGUGUGAGAUAGAUUCUUGGGAAGACUCAGAAGCCUGGGGACCUAUUGGCUGUUCUCCUACCUUAUUUAUUACUGAUCGUUUUGAAACUUCCUAUGUGGGAAUAAAUGUGCUCCGAUUUAUUUGGUAUCCUACAGCAUGGCGCUUCCCAUAAUAUAGUUGCAUUAGGCGUUCGAAUUUUUACAUUUCACGGAGCGCUAGUGCAUCUUUUUUUCUAUGGAUCUGGCAAAGAUAAAGCUUGCCCUUGGUUGGUUCGCUUUCACUUUCCAAAAUAUGGAGUUGGUAGUGAUUUUGAAAAUGUGCUUUAGAGAAGAUUUUGUUUUAAUCAGGUGGUCGAAUUCUAAUAAUGUUGCUUAUAUCUUGGUGGAUAGUCGUUUCUGUUGGAAUCCCUAUGGUUGCUUUUUAUAUUAAUAGAUUUGAGCAUAUCAGCCCAAAUUGAAAGUGUAAAGAAAAAUUCUGAGUUGUGUAAGAGUUUUGGUUUAAAAUGUUUUAAAAUAUCUAAUUCUAAAUGUAUUUUUACAAUAGGUAAAGAAAACUUCCCCCCCCCCAAGAAAAUAAUAUAGCUCAGAAGGAAAAAUAAAAAGAAAUUGCUGCAGAUUUUAUUUUACUAUGUAAGAAAAAUCUACAGUUUCUUCAAGACUCUAUAUUAAGGAAGCAGUCAUGUUUCAUGAGUCCUCAAAACUGUGAGACAAGAGAAUGUAGUAGAGUGAGCUCAGAAGUCCUUACUGACUCAAAGAACUCCCGGGAAACUGGGAUAGAACAUUUUACAUUAUAAGUAAAACCCCUGGAGCCAGAGGUGAAACACGUUUAUCUGCAGAGCUCGGCUGCAGGGCUGAUCUGGGUCUGGAAGAAAUGGAUGAGAGCCACUGGAGGAAAUUCACUAAUACUAGACACCUGAGUCCUCUAGUAAUGUAUAAAUAUCCCAACUAUUGUCAUCUUGUUCUUUUUCUUCUGCUUUUAUAACCUAUAUUUUAACUGGAACUUCAACACUACAGUUUUGUUCUUUUGCUUGCUUCUUUCACUUCUCUAUGGUUCACUACACUUACUCUGUCUCAUUCUCCAUUAUCUUUGGUUUACUUCCACUUGGCCCUUCUAUAAUUUAUGGUUGUCACAUAAAGCAUCUAAUCAAGGUUUUUGUUUUGUUUUCUUUUGUAAUAAAAUUUGCACACCUGGUUGAAAGGCAUGUUUUCAAUUGCAUUUUUUUUCUCAAAACAACUGACUGACCUACAUGCUUUUAAACUAUUUAAAAAACCAUUUCUUUUACAGAGAUUUGUGAAUGAACUUUGCUAAGUAUGGAUUCAUGUGGAGGAGGCAGUCUUGGAUUGUACACAUCAGACUCUAGAAUGGCCCAUACCAUGAUUAUGCAAGAUUUUGUGGCUGGAAUGGCUGGUACUGCGCAUAUCGAUGGAGACCAUAUUGUUGUUUCAGUCCCUGAGGCUGUAUUAGUUUCUGAUGUUGUCACAGAUGAUGGGAUAACUCUUGAUCAUGGCCUUGCAGCUGAAGUUGUUCAUGGGCCUGAUAUCAUCACUGAGACCGAUGUAGUAACAGAAGGUGUAAUUGUUCCUGAAGCUGUACUUGAAGCUGAUGUUGCUAUUGAAGAGGAUAUCGAGGAAGAUGAUGGUGAUCACAUCUUGACUUCUGAGCUAAUUACAGAAACCGUUAGAGUACCUGACCAGGUUUUUGUGGCUGACAUUGUUACUGGUCCUGAUGGACACUUAGAACAUGUGGUUCAAGAUUGUGUUUCAGGAGUUGACUCUCCCACAAUGGUAUCUGAGGAGGUUCUUGUAACUAAUUCAGAUACAGAAACUGUGAUUCAAACAGCUGGUGGUGUUCCUGGAUCUACAGUUACUAUUAAAACUGAAGAUGAUGAUGAUGAGGAAGAAGAGGAUAUGAAGAGCACUUCUGAAGACUACUUAAUGAUAUCAUUGGAUGAUGUUGGGGGGAAAUUGGAGCAUAUGGGGAACACACCAUUAAAAAUCGGCAGUGAUGGUUCACAAGAUGUUAAAGAAGAUGGAUUUGGUUCAGAAGUAAUAAAAGUGUAUAUAUUUAAAGCUGAGGCUGAAGAUGAUGUUGAAAUAGGUGGAACAGAAAUUGUCACAGAGAGUGAGUAUACCAAUGGACAUUCUGUAGCUGGAGUGCUUGAUCAGAACCGAAUGCAACGGGAGAAGAUGGUUUACAUGGCAGUUAAAGAUUCUUCUCAAGAAGAUGAUAUCAAUGAAGUUUAUAUGGAAGUCAUUGUAGGGGAAGAGGAAGGAACUUAUCUCCCUGAAACUGAGCUUGAGGACUCUGAUGUUAAUAAAACAAUUGCCCCUGUUGCCUGGGCUGAGGCAUAUGAUGAAAGAAGAGUUUCAAGAAGAUAUGAAGAUUGUCAAGCAUCAGAAAAUACUUUGGACUCAACAUUAGAAAACAGAAAUAGUACAGCAGCACAGUACAUUCAAAUUUGUGAUGGCAUUAAUACAAAUAAAGUACUUAAACAAAAACCCAAGAAGAGGAGAAGAGGAGAAAUGAGGCAGUGGCAAACAGCUGUUAUAAUAGGCCCUGAUGGACAGCCCUUGACAGUAUACCCUUGCCAUAUUUGCACAAAAAAGUUUAAAUCAAGGGGAUUCUUGAAAAGACACAUGAAGAAUCAUCCUGAUCAUUUGAUGAGAAAAAAAUAUCAGUGUACAGAUUGUGACUUUACAACUAACAAGAAAGUGAGUUUCCAUAACCACUUAGAAAGCCAUAAGCUUAUAAACAAAGUUGACAAAACCCAUGAAUUUACAGAAUAUACACGAAGAUACAGAGAGGCUAGUCCACUGAAUUCAAAUAAACUUAUACUAAGAGAUAAGGAGCCGAAGAUGCACAAAUGCAAAUACUGUGACUAUGAAACUGCAGAACAAGGACUGUUAAACAGACAUUUACUGGCUGUUCACAGCAAGAAUUUUCCACAUGUUUGUGUUGAGUGUGGGAAGGGCUUUCGACAUCCUUCUGAACUCAGAAAACACAUGAGAACCCAUACUGGUGAGAAGCCAUAUCAAUGUCAGUAUUGUGUUUUCAGGUGUGCAGAUCAAUCAAAUCUGAAAACUCACAUUAAGUCUAAGCAUGGUAACAAUUUGCCAUAUAAAUGUGAGCAUUGUCCCCAGGCAUUUGGUGAUGAAAGGGAGCUUCAACGCCAUCUGGAUUUGUUUCAAGGACAUAAGACGCACCAGUGUCCUCAUUGUGACCAUAAGAGCACCAACUCAAGUGACCUAAAGCGGCACAUCAUAUCUGUCCACACUAAGGAUUUUCCUCACAAAUGUGAGGUCUGUGAUAAAGGUUUCCAUCGUCCUUCUGAGCUCAAAAAGCAUAGUGAUAUCCAUAAGGGUAGGAAGAUUCAUCAGUGUAGGCACUGUGACUUUAAAACAUCAGAUCCUUUUAUUCUUAGUGGUCAUAUCCUUUCAGUUCAUACUAAGGAUCAGUCAUUGAAGUGUAAAAGGUGCAAGAGAGGGUUCAGACAACAAAACGAGCUCAAAAAGCAUAUGAAGACCCACACUGGAAGGAAGAUUUACCAAUGUGAGUAUUGUGAGUACAGUACAACAGAUGCAUCUGGCUUUAAACGACAUGUGAUAUCAAUACAUACAAAAGACUAUCCACACAGAUGUGAAUUCUGCAAAAAAGGAUUCCGAAGACCAUCAGAAAAAAAUCAGCAUAUUAUGAGGCACCACAAGGAAGCUCUUAUGUAAUAAGACCAAUAUUAAGAAAUAAACUCUGGAAAAUAUGAUAUGCUACAUGACAGUAAAACUUCAUAAACUUUUUCAUCUGGUUAUGAACUUGAUAUUAAAUCAUAACUUUACAUUCUUUGUAUUAAAAACAUUUGAAUUGACAGGGUAUCUCAUAACCCUUUGAAAACUACUUAAAGAAUUUAAGAAGUACCAUAGAAUGAUAAUAGGAAAACCUAUUAAGUGUCAAUUUAAUAGGAUUAUAUGCAUAAAUGUCAGAAAGGAAGAGCAAACACAAUGACUUUAUUUGGCUGAUCAUACUAGAGACAUGAUUCUGAAAAGAAAAAAUCUUAUGUAAUUUAAGAGUUUAGCAAUGCUUUGCUAUGACAAGCCUCACUUUUAUGCAAUUUUAGAAAUGGGGUGGGAAGUAAAAUGCAGUCAUCCAUCAGGCAUUUUGUCAUUGAGCCUUUUAUAUGGUACCUGGAAAUUGAAUUUCAGAAAUCUAAAAGUUUAUCCAUUAAAAUAACUUUCAUUGAAAAUCAGGUUAGAUUAAUUCAAUAAUAUUAAAAAGAAUUUCAGAGCUGCUAAAAUUUUAUCACAGGACAGGAUGUUUAAAAUAUAGAAAGUUUAAGGAUUAAAGUUCCCUUUUUUAUGCUGUUUGAGUUGAUUAUUGUUCAUUAUGGCAUAUAUGACAAGCAUAUAUUUGAGUCAAAUAUGGCUUUCUAAAACGUAUGCAACCAGUAGUGUUGCAAAGUUAGCACUAUAUUUCUUAAUGAUCUAAAGAUUAAAUUGAGAAAACACAGUUUUCUUAAAGAUUAUAAUGUUUAGUGUUUUUCUUUUUAGGGACAGCAAGUGUGAUGGUUCUAGCCUUACUUGCUCUAAUGUUUAAAGGUGCAAUUUUAUGCCAUUCUUGAAAUUUUUGAUUUUUAAAAUCUCUCUAUAUAUACCAUAUAAUUAACAUGCAUUUUCAAUAUGAGGCAGUGUUUAUGCAGUAUUUAACAAAACACUGUGCUGCCAAUAGAAUUCAGCAGUGGAUAUUCAGUUUACAGUGUAUAAAUUUAAAAUAUGCAUCCCUUUAACGCUUUGUGUUAGCAUGCUGGAAUUCAAAAUGGCGCUUAAUAUAAAAAGCUGGUUUAAAGAAAUUUAAUGAAAUUCUGCUCAUAAAUGUAUUGCAUAUGAUGUGUACUCUUAAGUUUUAGUUGCUUCAUGUUUACACUCAGCUGUUCAACAUUAUUAAAAUGUAAUUUUACUUCAUGCUAUAUUGUGGCUUUGUAUUUCAACUAAUGUUCACCUUUCUGUUUUUGCACCAGAUAAGAAUCAGUUUCUUGAGAAUAAAUUUUUUAUCUUUCUUAACUUCAGAAUAUUAAAUUUGGAAAAUCUAAAAUUGUGUGUUAUGUGACUGUAAAUGAUGUACACGCUGUAAAAUAAGAUUGUCUCUGUUACGUGGGAUUAUUUCUAAAUGUUACUCAUUGAAAUGAGCAUACAAUAAAAAGCAUUUAUUGCA